GCGGUUUGUGCUUAUUGAGCCUGCGCUAACAGGAAAAGAGGAGGUUCCCGAAGAGAGUCCUUUAUUUAUUUCUUUGUGUUCAGUGGGGGUAAAAAUAAUAACAGCGACAUAUAACGCAAACACUUUAUUUAUUAUCUUUGUCCGCAUACACAAGAAAACUGGAUAAGAUUACAGCUGCUACUCGAAGGCCGAAGCCAAGGGGAGGAGGAUGAAGCGGCGCAAUGCGGACUGCAGCAAACUAAGACGGCCGUUAAAACGGAACCGAAUCACCGAGGGUAUCUACGGCAGUACCUUCCUGUACCUGAAGUUUCUGGUGGUUUGGGCUUUAGUGCUGCUGGCUGACUUUGUCCUGGAGUUCAGGUUUGAGUACCUCUGGCCAUUCUGGCUCUUCAUGAGGAGCGUGUACGACUCCUUUAGAUACCAGGGACUGGCUUUUUCAGUAUUCUUUGUUUGUGUGGCGUUUACCUCGGACAUCAUUUGCCUCCUCUUCAUCCCAGUGCAAUGGUUGUUCUUUGCUGCCAGUACUUAUGUGUGGGUGCAGUAUGUUUGGCACACAGAGAGGGGGGUGUGUCUCCCCACCGUGUCUCUAUGGAUACUCUUUGUGUACAUAGAGGCAGCCAUCAGAUUCAAAGACCUGAAGAACUUUCACGUGGACUUGUGUCGUCCUUUUGCUGCGCAUUGCAUCGGCUAUCCCGUGGUCACGUUGGGCUUUGGCUUCAAGAGCUACGUUAGUUAUAAAAUGCGCCUACGAAAGCAGAAGGAGGUGCAGAAGGAGAACGAGUUUUAUAUGCAACUGCUACAGCAGGCUCUGCCUCCAGAGCAGCAGAUGCUUCAGAGGCAAGAGCGAGAGGCAGAAGAAGCAGCAGCUAAAGGAUUAUCUGAAAUAGACGCACCUCCGGUGACACAAAAUGGCGCCCCAGCCAAUAAAAAGACAGCUGUGACAUUGCCAGAGCUGGAGUAUAAAGAAAAAGGGAAAGAAGGAAGAAAUGGUGGUGAGAAUAAAAAGCAACACAACAGCAUUCUGCCGUCGUCAGUGGACUGUAAAAUCCAGGAGAUGGAGUAUAUGGAGAACCAUCUGAACAACAAGAGACUGACCACAGAGCUGGGGAGCACAGAGAACCUGUUGCACAAAGAGGACAUCAACUCCUCCAGUUCUUCCUCGUCGUCGUCAUCCUCCAGAAAUUGCAAAAAUCUUAGCUGCAACGCCACGACGGUGAACUCCUCACCGCGCGGUUACAGCGCCACCAACGGCUCCGUGCCCUCCUCGGCGCAGCCGUCUUCAACGGGGAAAAACGAUAAAAAGCACAAGUUACCGGUGGGGAAGGGGACAUCGGGGGGUUCCCACAAGGAUCCAACAGACAACUGCAUCCCCAACAACGAGCUGAAAAAGCCAGAAGCACUUGUUAGAUUGGAGCAGGACAUUAAAAAGUUGAAGGCAGACCUGCAGGCCAGCCGGCAGGUGGAGCAGGACCUGCGCAGCCAGAUCGGCUCGCUGGGCAGCGCUGAGCGCUCCAUACGCACCGAGCUGGGUCAGCUGCGCCAGGAAAACGAGCUGCUGCAGAACAAGCUCCAUAACGCUGUGCAGGCGAAACAAAAAGACAAGCAGGCCGUGGGCCAGCUGGAGAAGAGGCUCAAAGCAGAGCAGGAUGCUCGAGCGAACGCAGAGAAGCAGCUCGCAGAAGAAAGGAAGCGAAAGAAGCUGGAGGAGGCGACCGCAGCCAGAGCGGUGGCGCUAGCAGCGGCGUCCAGAGGGGAGUGCACAGACACGCUCAGACGGAGAAUCACAGAGCUGGAGUCGGAGUGUAAAAAAUUUACUGUGGACAUCAAAGUGAAGGAGGAUCAGAUACGAGAGCUGGAGUUAAAAGUUCAGGAGCUUCAUAAAUACAAGGAAAAUGAAAAAGACACAGAGGUGUUGAUGUCGGCGCUGUCGGCGAUGCAGGACAAGACCCAGCACCUGGAAAACAGCCUGAGCGCAGAGACCAGGAUCAAACUGGACCUUUUCUCUGCACUCGGCGAUGCCAAGAGGCAGCUGGAGAUCGCACAAGGUCAGACCCUGCAGAAGGACCAAGAGAUCAAAGACUUGAAGCAGAAGAUAGCAGAAGUGAUGGCCGUCAUGCCCAGCAUCUCUUACACAGCCGACACCAGCAGCAUGACCCCUGUGGCCCCUCACUACUCCUCAAAGUUCAUGGACACCAACGCCUCCGGCUUGGACCCCAACGCUUCUGUUUACCAGCCUCUGAAGAAGUGAACACUCGUUUGUUUUUCUGCCCCUCUCCUCCUUUCAUUCUCUACAUUUUUACUCCUCCUGCAGGCCCCGGCUUGUCGCGGCGGAGAACUCUUUCUGUUCUCUUUCGCCAGUUCAGAAGGAUGUUGUAUUAUGUGAUUGUGUUUGUUGUAGUUAAAACAAAAGACAAAAAACUUACAGACAUCCCCCGUCGGUGAAGAGGCCCCAGGUUUUUCUUUAUUUUAGUGAAACCUCACAGAUUUGGGCGCGUGUCUUCAUCUCUUCAGGAGAAGCUGCUGCGUUUCUUUAAAUUUGACUAUUCUCUUUAUGAACUGUAAAAUAACCCAACGUAAUGGCAUCCCGGUGAAUUUGGAAGACUCCGGAUUCAGCCCGUCACGCUCGUACAACCAGAGGAAUGUAGUGCAGACGGCACCGACUUCCCCCGUCGUGUUCGAGUUACUUCAGAGCGUCUGCUCCAGCCUGUGGUGGUUACUGGUUUUAAAGUCGUUUUUGUGGUUAUUUACGUUCACAAUAAACUCGGAAAUAUUUGAUAAUUAAGUUAAAUCUUUAGUUUUCGUUCCCCAAAACAAAACUUUGUUGUGUUUUCUGACGGUUUUUGAGCUAAUGGGAGAAGAAGAGGUGUUCGUGUUUAAGUGAGGACACGAGACGCCGCCCACAGCUUCCCACGUCGUCGCGAAAUUCUCGAUGAGCCGGAAAGACUAAAGAUUCCUCUCCGCAUGAUGAAGAGGCACAAACCCCUUCCUCGCUAAUGAAAUCCACAUUAAACAAGAAAACCUUCCUGUUAAAUAUCGGACAUCGUUAAAUCCAGUAACUACCAUCUAAAACGGAUCAGGAGCUGCUUUUAAACUCGUUUGGAUCAGCAGGUUUACGGUUAAUAGCUAAACUAUAAGGAAUUCCAUUUUUUCCCAGGUAAUUUAAUUAAUGUGCACCUGAAUUUGGCGUGCCAAGACUGUUCCUUUAGUAACGCGUUGAAGAAUGUACCUUUGAGUUGAUGGUAGACUCAGCUGGUGGAAGGUGAGCAGGCAGAGGUUUGGUCUCCUGUUUUAAUGUCGGACCGUUCAGGCGAGGGAGCAGGAAGUCACACGGAGGCUCCGAUGGCAGUCGUAACCAUGUUUCUGGUGACGUCGUCGAUCUGCUCGAGCGUCACGUGGCUUCACCGUCGGCUGAAACGCUCGUUGUCGUGCAGCGUACGGUUUCACCUACUGUAUGCGGAAACGCUUUCAUUUCUUCUCUUUUCUGUUUCCACUCGGAUCGCUGUCGUUGGCUUCUUGGAAAUCUGUGGUAAAAUUUACAGUUUGGUCAGCUGAUUGGUGAACAGAUGUUUUUUGUUUUCUACGCCCACAGUCACUGUUCCGGUUUCUCCCAGGUCUGACCUCGGCGGCGCUCUCACUCUGUGAGGUUUACAAGAAAUAAAUUUUUUUUCUUGCAAACUUA